AUGGUUCAGUCGCCGAUGCUUUCGUGUCCGCUGAAGCAGACCAACGAGAUCGAUUGGAUCCAGCCCCUCAAGGAUUACAUCCGACAGACAUAUGGCGAGGACCCCGAACGAUACAGCCAAGAAUGUGUGACUCUCAACCGGCUUCGCCAGGAUAUGAGAGGUGCAGGGAAGGAUAGCGCUACCGGUCGCGAUCUGUUGUACCGGUAUUAUGGUCAACUGGAGCUGUUGGACCUCCGGUUUCCCGUCGAUGAGAACCACAUCAAGAUCUCGUUCACAUGGUACGAUGCUUUCACUCACAAACCUACGUCUCAAUAUUCCCUAGCCUACGAGAAGGCCUCCAUCAUCUUCAAUAUCUCCGCUGUCCUGUCCUGCCAUGCCGCCAACCAGAACCGGGCCGACGAAACUGGCGUCAAGACAGCUUACCACUCCUUCCAAGCCUCCGCCGGAAUGUUUACCUACAUAAAUGAGAACUUUUUGCAUGCGCCAUCGACCGACCUUAACCGGGACACUGUCAAAACAUUGAUCCAUGUCACACUUGCCCAGGCGCAAGAGGUGUUUUUUGAGAAACAAGUGGCGGAUGGGAAGAAGCCUGGAUUUCUGGCCAAGUUGGCUGGACAGGCAGCAUACCUCUACUCACAGGGUGCGGAAACCAUGCAGGACUUUGUUGGCAAGAACGUCUUCGACAAGGUGUGGUCGAUUGUUGUGCAGGCCAAGGCCGCGCAUAUGGGAUCAGUUGCAUCUUACUACCAGGCGAUUGCUGACAGCGAGAGUGGCUCGCAUGGCGUUGCGAUUGCCCGUCUUCAAAUGGCUGACAAGCAAUCUGCCACUGCCCUGAGUUGGGCAAAGACAUUCCCUUCGACGGCCCCAGUGACUUCCAAUCUGACGGCAGAGUCCGGACCUGCUCUCAUGGACCUCAUUAAGCAUAAUCAAACAAACGUGCAGGGCCAGCUUGCUACUAUGAUCAAGGACAAUGACUUCAUCUAUCACCAACCGGUUCCAAAUGAGGCUGGUCUCUCGGCAGUUGCUAAGCUUCCUGCUGCCAAAGCCAUUCCUGUCAGUGAAUUAUAUCAAGGACAGGAUAUUCAGCGAAUCAUCGGGCCCGACAUCUUCCAGAAGCUGAUACCUAUGUCUGUUACUGAGACUGCCAGUCUGUAUGAUGAAGAAAAGGCCAAGUUGAUUCGAGCCGAAACGGAAAAGGUCGAAACCGCAGAUGGUGAGAUGGCCGCUAGCCUGGACUAUUUGAAGUUGCCUGGGAGCCUCAAUAUCCUAAAGGGAGGCAUGAAUCAGGAAAUGUCAGUAGACGAGGAGUUCCGCCGCUGGUGCUCAGAGCUUGCUGGUCACAAGCCAUUCCACAGAGCGUUUGAUGAUCUACAAGAUCGUAAAGCUGAAGUGCUAUCGCAAUUGGACCAGUGCUCCAAGCAGCUUGAUCUGGAGGAAAGCGUUUGUGAAAAGAUGCGCUCCAAGUAUGGGGCGGAUUGGAGCCAGCAGCCCAGUGCUCGACUCAAUACGACACUUCGCGGAGAUGUUCGCACAUAUCGGGAUACUAUUAACGAAGCCAGCGCUAGUGAUUCACAGCUUUCUUCCACGUUGCGUCAAUACGAGACCGAUUUCGAUGAGAUGCGGUCUGCUGGAGAAACAGAUGAAGCCGAUGUGCUCUUCCAGCGAGGGUUGAUCAAGGCUGGCUCAAAGCAUAGCAAGGGCAAGAACGGUGUCACUAGUCCAGCGGAAGGUAGUCUGCUAGAUGAUGUGUAUGAUGAAGGCGGUGCCUCUGUUGCUGAACAGAUUGCCAAGGUGGAAGAAAUUCUGAAGAAAUUAACCCUUGUAAAGCGAGAACGGUCUCAGGUUCUUAAAGAUCUGAAAGAUAAGGUUCACACUGAUGAUAUCUCAAACGUCCUCAUCCUAAACAAGAAGUCGAUUACUGGGCAGGAAAGUCAACUCUUCGAUGCUGAGCUCGAAAAGUUCCGGCCGCAUCAGAACCGACUUCUACAGGCAAACCACAAGCAGUCUUCUUUGAUGAAGGAGCUUACCAAGAUUUACGGUGAUCUCCUGCAAGACAAGCGAGUCCAAGGCGAGCAGUCGAAGUACGAAUCCAUUACGCGGCAACGCAAUUCAGUAAUGGCUCGAUACAAGAAGGUAUACGAAGCUUUCAAUGGUCUUUCGUCGGGCAUUGCUCAAGCACGAACCUUCUAUAAGGACAUGACCGAAAAUGUGGACAGCCUUCGCAAGAAUGUCGAGACUUUCCUCAACAACCGCCGGUCAGAAGGCGCUCAACUUUUAAGCCAGAUCGAACGCGACAAGGCCAGCGGUGUUUCCGAGCAAGAAGAACGCGAAAGGGAGAAAUUGCGCCAGCUGAUGGAGCGUCUAUCCACGGAGCCCAAGAGCUCAACUUCACCAUCCGCAGCAUCAGGACCUCCUUCCAAGGUCAAAUCGCCUCCUCCGCCUAUGUCCCCUCGCUACCCACCCACUGGCGGGCCCCUCUCCCACUCCCCUGCACCCUACGGGCAAUAUAUUACCGGCCAGGGAGCCUCAUACCAACCAGCCCAGCACUUCCAGCAAGGCGCAGCAGCCCCCCUAUCGGAAGGCUACAACCCCAUGGCAUACCCCUACCAGACUCCCGUGUCCCCACCCCCAAACCAGCAAUUCUUCUCUUCAACCCCCGCCCCAUACGGGGGCUACUCCAACUCCAGUACGCCCGCUCCUCCAACUGCAGGCGCCCAACCCUCGCAUUACAUGGCACCGCACGGCUACAUCCCGCCUCCGCCCCCUCCACGCCCCCAGCAGACUUCCUACCCUCCCUCAUCUGGUAGCUCCUACCCAUCUGGACCAGGUGGCUAUGCGCAGGCCAGACCACCGUACGGCCAUCACAAGGCACCAUCUCAGUCCCAACAACAGCCCAAUGCCGGCGGUGAUCCAUGGGCUGGCCUGAACGCCUGGAAAUAA